UGAUCCCUCUAAAAAAACCAGCCCACAAGUCAGAGGCACGUUACAUGCGCGGCUACACUCAGCCCCCUUCCUUUCGGCUUUGCCCCCUCUCGUCUCCGCAAUGUAUCCAUGAAGAAAAACCGUAAAGUGUUAAAUGUUUGAAAUUCAAAGCCGCCGAAUUUCACUUGCUGAAAAAGGACUGUGCUGCUCGCGUGCGCGGCGCUGGUGUGUCAGUGCGUCAGACUCCGCAAAGAAAAGCUACUUACUUAGCGUUGGGAGUCCAUCGCUACAGAGGGACUUACUACACCUUUUUUGUUUUCAGUCCUAAGACAAACGCUUAAACAUUUUUCAAACUGGCUCACGUCCUCCCCAACCAGCCCAGUGUGACAGCUGCUCUUCAGCCCGCUUGGAGGACUGUCAGCAGCACCAAGAGGAUGGCAUCAGAGCUGGCAAUGAGCAACUCCGACCUGCCCACCAGUCCCCUGGCCAUGGAAUAUGUUAAUGACUUCGAUCUGAUGAAGUUUGAAGUGAAAAAGGAGCCGGUGGAGCCCGAUCGCAACAUCAGCCAGUGCAGUCGCCUUAUCGCCGGGGGAUCCUUGUCUUCCACCCCGAUGAGCACGCCUUGCAGCUCGGUUCCCCCCUCUCCAAGCUUCUCGGCGCCCAGUCCGGGAUCGGGGAGCGAACAGAAGGCACACUUGGAGGAUUUCUACUGGAUGUCCGGUUAUCAACAACAGUUAAAUCCAGAGGCGUUGGGCUUCAGCCCCGAAGACGCAGUCGAGGCGCUGAUCAACAGCACUCACCAGCUCCAGUCGUUCGAUGGCUAUACCAGAGGGCAGCAGUUUGCUGGCGCAGCCGGACCUGGGGGCACCAUGGCCGGGGAAGAGAUGGGCUCUGCCGCGGCGGUGGUGUCAGCAGUUAUCGCUGCCGCUGCAGCCCAGAACGGGGGUCCGCACCACCACCAUCACCACCACCACAGCAACGGUCACCACCAGGCGCCCGGCGUCCAGUCCAACAACUCGGGCUUAAAUCACCCACAUUCGCAUUUGGAUGAUCGGUUUUCAGACGACCAGCUGGUCUCCAUGUCAGUACGGGAGCUCAACCGGCAGCUACGGGGGGUCAGCAAGGAAGAAGUGAUCCGAUUGAAACAGAAGAGGAGGACCCUAAAGAACAGGGGCUAUGCCCAGUCGUGUCGAUACAAGCGGGUCCAGCAGCGGCACGUCCUGGAGGGGGAGAAAACGCAACUCAUCCAGCAAGUGGACCACCUAAAGCAGGAGAUCUCCAGGCUGGUCCGGGAGAGGGACGCGUACAAAGACAAGUAUGAGAAGCUGAUCAGCAACGGCUUCAGAGAAAACGGGUCGAGCAGCGACAACAACCCCUCAUCCCCGGAGUUUUUCAUGUGAGUUUCGACGUUAUCCGUGAGAAAAGAAUAGCAGCAGUUUAAUCAACCUUUUAUUACAACAAACAGGAAAAAAAGUUUUGAUUAGAAACUUUUUUUCUUUUCGCACGUAUACCAACCCCCGCUAGACCAAGAACUAAUUUGUGCUUUUUUUUUAUUUUUAUACAUUCAUGAGGGGAAAAAAGGGUUUGCUGAAGUUUUUAGAAUGAGCUUUUUUUUGUCAUCCGUGUUUUUCAUUUCGAAAAUGUGUCAAUCUUUCAUAUUUCUUUUUCUCUAUUAUGAAAAGCAUAUGUCUCAUGUUUCUCAUCGUAUCUCAUUUGGUUUGCAGUGUUUUGAAGUCACUAUGAUUUACUUUAGAUGAUAAAAACUUUAUACCGCUGUAUACGAGGUGCAUGCAGACAGCGAGCCCAUGCCAUCAGAAGUGCACCGACCUGACGUUUACCAUCAUGUUAAUUUAAUUCAGUGUGCUGCCUGAAAACACAACUGCAUUCAUCCACAAUGUUUUUUUGGUUUUUAUUUGCUAUUUUUUUUGUCGGCCAAAUCUGGAGGACUGCGAGCCUGCCCUAUGUACUCCAUCUCCUCUCAUGUGUUUGUCUGUCAUAGUGUUGAGCAACAAACAGAAAGACUCUAAUCGUUAGAAACAACAUGCAUUGUUUGGAAAAGAGAACUGUUAUUGGACUGCCCUGCAUGCUGGACAUGUAUGGUUUUCAUUUUUUUUUCAUUUUCAUUUUUGUUUGAAGAUGUACUUUUUGUCGAAUGACCCCCAGCAUGGAAUUUAUUCUUCAUUUAUAGCCUCAUUACUUUUUUUUGGGAUCGCAACAAAAAGUGAAAUGACUCCCUCCCUGCCCCACCGCGGCUCUCUACCAAAAACGCGUGCGUUUCGGCUGUGUUGUGGUGCAAAGCCAGUGAAGGCUCCCAUUAGUUCCAUCGAAGUUGAUCGCUGGGGAUCCCGAUGGAGGGACAGGCGUAAAAAAAGGACGAAAAGGAAUCCCCUCUUCCCUUCUCGGGACUAAACUAUAUGUUGCCUUUCACGCACUGUUUAUUUAAAUGAUACUCCAGACUUGUGCGUAUGGCAUAUUUGGAAUGAAUCUUACCUGUAAUUUAAGUACAACAUUUUUUUCCUAAUCUGUAAGGUGUAACGAUAACGAGGAUAUGGCGGGAGGGGAUAUGAGCCACACAUGUAUAGAUUACGAGGAUAAUUAAGAAGGGUCUUCCUGUACAAAUGUUAGUUCUGGCAUUGGUUUUGGUAAAUUGGCACAACACCAGUUUAGAGAAUAAACAGUUCGGAGCGCAUUGACUGCACAUUUGCGUUAUGGGUUUUACACAGAAGAUGGACUAUAGCAGGCUAUUGGUUACUUUCAAAAGUUUAGAAUACUUUUUCGGAUAAAACGCCUUUUGAAACAUGUUCAUUUACUCAAGUACUUUGGCUUGAUAUGCACUGACAUUUCAGCAAUAGGCCUAAAGAUGGAUAUGAAAUGCCUGUCGUUCCAAACGCUAACGCAGAUGGGUUUGGUGAUUUGUGACCAGGCCCACUCAAUGGUAACACAUUAAUAGGUUUUUCCUUUUUGGCAGGACAGGGAAAGCCAUCUUUUUUUGUUUCAUACGAGCCCAACAUUUGCUUAGCAAUAACGAUAUGAUUAAUAAUGUCUGGACAUUGUUAGUUGGUCAGGGAUUCACACCCUGCUUGUAAAAAAAGAGGGAGUAAAUACACGAUUGAAAUCUUUAAAAUAUUAAUCUUUCCUCUACUAUAUAAAUAUAUGAAUAUAUAUAUAUAUUUUGCUGUGCAAAAUUAUUUCACUCCACUAACCAUAUGUGAUGUUCAUAUGUUCUCGUUUUUUCAUUUCAUACAAAUAAAUGAUAUGCAAUAAAUGAACGUAAUUGUCUUCAAUACGUUUUGAACUUUUCUCGAUUUCAGUUUAUGUUCUGUGUCAAAAAUGUGUGUCCAAAAUAUAAAUUCGUGUGUUUUAUUAAAAUAUAUAGAAGUAAUGGAAACGUCACAUUUUCAGCCGUUGACAAACGACUCAACCAAUCAAACGUUGUAUAUUUUUCGACAGAUAGGCUGUUGUUGUAAAUGCCUUUUAUUAUUGAAUUCGCCAAGCCUGAUAUACAGAGGAAUGAAACUAGCCAUUUUGAAGGCAUGUCAGAGCAAGUAAUUGCUUUUAUAUUGUUUAUUUAUAUGUAGUUGUAGUUAAGUCAAAUAUGAUUAAAAUAACACAGUACAGUUAAUUUGAUGGUUGAUCAAAGACAUCUAUCAUAUUAAUUUUCCCUUUCAAACCAUCCAUCAAUCAAAUCAAAAAAUGUCAUGCUUUAUGACCAAAAUCAUUCAAUGCACAGGGCACAGCUUUAAACAUGCAUGUACAAUAUUUAAAACAUUUCAUAAUUAAUUAAAAAUACCCUUGCGUGUGUAUGUGUGUGUUGGUGUGCUUGCGUGUAUGGUGCGUGUGUGUGUGUGUGUAUGAAAGGCGGGUAAAACAUCUGCAGGUUUAUAUUUGACAGUGAAUGUGAACACACCUGUAUUACAUACGUGUGGGUGUGUGUCAGGUUUUGUGUGUGCGUUUCCGUGAGCAUGUGUGUGUGUAUUCUGCAUUCCAAGGGAGCCUGUGUAUGAACGCGUGUAAGUAUCUGUGUGUUCGCAUUUGUCUGUGUGUGCGUGUAUGUCCGUGUACAUGUGUUGAUGUCAAUGUGUCUAUCCGUGUGUGUGUGUGUGUGUGUUUGUGUGUGCGUGUAGUCUGCAUUCCCAUGGAGCUUGUGAAUGUACGUGUGUAAGUAUGUGUGUGUGUGUUCACAUACGUGUGUGUGUGUGCAUGUAUGUCCACGUGUCCAUCCUAGUGUGUGGGUGCGUGUGUGUGCAUAAGUGGGCAUGCGUGAAUGCAUGUGGGUGUGUGUGUGUGUGUAUGCGCGGGUACAUGUGUAUGUUUG